UUGACCCACAAAAACCCUAACGCCGCAGCCACUCCACUGUACCUCUUAUAUGAAUAUAAACCAAAAGUGUUGAGGUUCGAGUUCGGCGGGUCUUUGGAAGCAAGCUCCGAUUCCGUUGCUGGUAUCUCUCUCUCCCUCCUCGCUAUCCAUUAUUGUGUGAACCAAGAAGAUAUGGCGGUGCCGUUGCUGACGAAGAAGAUUGUGAAGAAGAGGGUUAAGCAGUUCAAGAGGCCCCAGAGCGACCGCAAGAUCUCUGUCAAAACAAACUGGCGUAGACCAAAGGGUAUUGAUUCUCGCGUUCGAAGAAAGUUCAAAGGAUGCACUUUGAUGCCAAACAUUGGUUAUGGUACUGACAAGAAGACCCGUCAUUAUCUUCCUAAUGGAUUCAAGAAGUUUGUUGUGCACAAUGUCAAGGAGCUUGAUCUGUUGAUGAUGCACAAUAGGACUUACUGUGCUGAGAUUGCACAUGAUGUGUCCACAAGAAAAAGGAAGGAGAUUGUGGAGAGAGCUGCCCAGCUCGAUGUAGUUGUCACCAACAAGCUUGCUAGGUUGCGCAGCCAGGAAGAUGAAUGAGCCUAGGUCCUCUUUAUUUUAUUAGUGAUGUUUUUUUAAUUUCGUCUCUUAUGAAUUUGACGUUGCAGCAUCAUUGGCUUUUGCUGUAUUUCUAUUCUACCUGAUGUCUUUUACUUGACUUGAGGAUUUCUAAUUCCAUUGUCAUUUUUGGUCAUUUCUUUCU